AUGAACAUCAACCCUGCAUCCAGCAUCCAUCCAUUCACAACGACCAGAUAUGCGGUGCGCAUCCCUCCCCCUCCAGGAGAAUUCCUCAUCGGCCUACGUACGCCGAUUUGCCUCCCAAAGAUACGAGGCUGCCCGCUGAUGUCAGGCGGGACAGGCUCCCCCAAACUCCUGGACUGUGGCUUCACCCGCGCAGGAAUCGCACACACCAGUCGCCUGGUGGAGGAAGUGGAUACCAACAGAGCAAGGUCCAUGCUCUUCUCUCUUGGUGACCAGCAUCAACAAUCUUGCGGCCCACUCCCGUUUCCCACUCUGAAUCGCCACGCUACCGCCUACACAGCUAGUACCUUGUACAUCGGCGUCUACAUCAUCAGUGGCUUGGAGACGACGAUAGCACCAAAUGCGCCACUCAACCAGCAACUGUACCUAGCCCUCCAGCUCAUACGAUAG